AUGUGCCAGAACUGUCCCGUUGCCCCCAGGCCAGUGGGCCAGCCCCAAACAUCCAUAGCUGCAUGUAAACUGCCCAUCGUUACGGGCGACUCACUAGUGGCCUGGACCAUGAGCAAUGAGUCUAUUGUCUGGAACAUUCUACCAGAUAACUCCACUGUCACAGUUGAGGCGGAGGAGCGAAGAAACGCUUACGUGGUGCUCCUGGUGAUACUGUCCAUUUUUCUGGUGGGAAGUCUCACCGUUACUUCUGUCGUCCUCAUCUUCUGCCGGCGUUGUUAUCAUGGAGGCAAAUGCUGCAACCGGGACAGCGACGAUCCGGAAAAAACCACCACCACCUACAUGGAAGAGUCGCACCCCACCCACGAAAUCACCAUCAGGGUGGAUGAGUCAGACUGUCUGUCCAUGGCAAGUUCACAUGAUCAGGAGACCGAGCGUUUCCUGUCCACGGGCACCACCGGCCGGCGAGUGUCGUUCAAUGAAGCUGCACUGUUUGACCACAGCAAGAAAGCUCAGGAAAAGGGGCGCAGGUACACUCUGACAGAGGGCGACUUCCAUCACCUGAAGAACGCUAGGCUCACAAACCUCAGCAUCCCGGCUCCAGCACUGAAGAUUGUAACUAUCCACGAGUGUGACUCUGCCGAAAACACCAUCACUAUGACAACACGACCGCCCACCAAAUCUGCACUCUCCAUCUUCCAGCCCAUGUUGUGUCCCUUACCACAGACCCCUCUGACCAGUCUGAGCCCCAGUGGUGCCCUGCCUGGAGACGCUCUCAACUCUGUGGUGGACACCAACUUCAAUCAGAAGGAAAAAGAUCUUACUUCGAUUGAGAUGAUGACAGCAGGGGCCCAGAGCAGAGGUAGCAGUGCUCGUGUGAGUGAAGGACCUCAUGGGGGUACCAGCACCCCUCCUGUUAUCAGUGGAGCGGGGGGCCAGGGACCCAUGCUCCAGUUCUUCACAAAACUGAGACGUCAUGCCAGCCUGGAGGGAGCCAGUCCAUACUUGAAGAUCAAAAAGUGGAAGCUGGACAGCAGCCAGAGAGCCUCGAGUCUGGACACAAGAGGUUCACCAAAGAGGAGGCACUUCCAGCGGCAGAGAGCAGCCAGUGAGAGCAUGGACCAAGAUGACAAUGAUACACACCGCAUAGACCUUAUUCAGUACAUCGCCCGCACCCGCGACGCCUCCUACAGGCCAAGCCAGACCAGCACCCGCCAACUCUCUCCUCCCUCCACUCCUCCCCCCUCCCUCGGCAGGGUAGAGGUGGAGGUCAUGGUAGAACCAAGCUCCAGACAUGAAGGACCAGGGGUGAUUGGCCUGUCUCCUGAUCCCCAAGAUGAAGCAGUGUCCCUGGGGAUGAGGGAAACACCCGACUCCUUAGACACGGCUGAUUCCCAGGACCCACAGACACUUUACAGAGACAUCUGGACGCUACGCGCCACGCUGGAGCAGUACGCAAUCUCCGACCAAAGCGGCAACAACGACAGGAAUUCUGUCUGCAGUGAUGUCGACAGUGUGUGCUCACUUGGAGGACGCACUGAGGCUGAGAGAGGGGAGCUGCCCAGCUACCCAUCCCAGGACCUAGGAGACGAGGCAGAGGGUGAUGAUGAGGAGAAAGAGUUUACAGUGCACACAGAGGAGAAGAUGGAAAGGAGAGUUGUAAGAAAACAAAAACAGGGGAGCACUGACUCCGAGCGAGGCAGUGAUGGAGAAACAACAACACGUAAACUUCUGCAGAUGGACAGUGGCUACGCCUCGAUAGAGGCUCCUUAUCGGGGGCCAGAGGAGUUCAGACUACUCGGCAACGGGAGCCCCAAUGACAGAACGGCUCAUGAGAAGAGACACCACUUCACCCGCGCAGGGCGCUCUGGCACAAUCGGGGAGAGCUUUGAGUCUCAUCUCUUUGAGGAGGACCGUGAUGACGAGCUGUCAGGUGCCAGAGGUGGAGUAUCCACAGAAACCAGUGCGAGUUCUUUGAGCUGGCAGCCAUACGGUCAAAUGCUUAAUCCUAGAGAAGCAUCUCAGCCUCCAUUCAACCCUCCUCCAGCGUUACAUCGACGAGACUAUAGCAUAGACGAAAAAACAGACGCUCUUUUCCAUGAAUUCCUCCGUCAUGAUCCCCAGUUUGACUUACAGGAGUCACCUCUCAAAAAACAUAGGUCAAGGAUUCACCUCCGCAAGCAGUGGCAACGGCACAAGCAGUGGAGUGAUCCUGGUGUCAGACAUUUACAUUCAUCCUUUGAGAGACAAAGAACUCCUCUGAGACGUGGAGAAAGUGUGAACUACCCCAUUGACACGAGCUACCACAGCACACUGCCUCGAAUAGUGAGCGCACCUGAUGAGGACACCAGCAGCGGGACAGGCAGCGCUCCCGAAACUCCAAAGACUGUCACCACCAGUGCAAAGGAUGAAUCAAAGGGUCAGGAAGCUCCCAUCACCUCUGCAUCUUGUCUACUCUCUCACGCCACAGACUUUGAACCUGGGGAUCUUGAAGAAACCAAACAGUCCUCUGUGCCGCCCGAGCCCCCUGACGAACGGUCCCCUUCUCGGGCCCCGGACUCCUCAGGAUACGGCCCGCAGACCAUAACAGCGGAGCUAACCGAUAAACUCAGCACACACCUGGAUGAAAAACUGUACCUAGGCCUUCGAAGCAGCAGAGAUUCAGCAGCAGAGUGUGUGAGCGUGGCAGUCACAGUCACACACACCUCCCCUGAACACAGCCCAGUGUAG